GCUCAGCAAAUUCUCUGUACGUCUGUUAUACUUCUAAACUAGUUUUAUGCAGUUGGAAAGGAUGUUUAUGACCUGUGGAGAAGAUAGUUAGUGUAAGCACAUUAGCUAGCUAGCUAAUGUUAGCUAUCCUGCAACGCUAAACUGGAUUUGCAUAUGGAUCUGCUUUUCUCUAGUUAGCUGUCUGUUUAGGAAUAGACAGUCCAGUCGCCACAGGCAAGACUACUGGGCAUCUGGCUGGCAAGGUAUAUAUCGAUAUCUGAUUUGUUUUCGCAGCUAACAGUUGUCAGUAAUGUCACACGUGAUAAUAUUAGCAGCGAGGUGUGCGCAAAUAUAGCCAGCAUUAACUAGAACAGGUAGGCUAGCUAACUUAUCGAGCUAAUUAUAGAUAGUUAGCAACAUAGCCAAGAGCCACUAAAAAGAAGCACUUUGCAAAAAAUGUAAGAGAAUGGCAAUAUCAGACCGAGUUUCUUAAUGUAGUUAGCAAGCCGAUCAACUGGCAAGUGCUCUUGCUGGUACGUCCUUUGAUCUACAGCUUUUUUGAUCGCGUUGUGCUUUUUUAUGAUGUAUCAUCACUUCUCAUCGCUGGCUACAUGACUGUCUCAGUAACCCCAUGCCAAUGAGGAACAAGCUUGUGAACUAGCUUUGCGUAUAACGUGGUGACCGGUUUGAUGUUUGAUUGUAAUAUCGGCGUCUGGUGGAGGAAAAGGAAGAGAACAUGGCAGUUUAAAAGAAUGAGCUGAUAGUGGCCAGUCUCCUCGGAACAGACUGCAACUUGAGAAGCCAGCUGGAAAAUGCCAAGAAGAAAACAGUCGAAUCCACAGCCAGUGAAAUUGGACUCUGAAGAUGGUGCAGGUGUGAUAAAUCCCGCAAGUCUGGUCUUGGAAAGCGACUUCCUCCUGGGGCAAGACUUGGAGUUUGGAGACAAUGACAGCGACUACAAGAUCAUAGGAUUUGAGAAAGACUCAGACUCUGUUACCGCGGAGAUGGGGAUCCCUGUAUAUUCCCUUAGUGAUGAGGACUGCUCCUACAACCGUCUGAGCGUAGAGAGCGAUGCUGAUGACCCCCGGGACCCCGAGAGUGAGCGUGACCCCGCCUUCCCAGCCUACCUGUCCUGCAGGCAGUGCGGCCAGCUGCUGGCCGAUGUCCUAGAGGGGGGGCUGGGCCUGGCAGGACCCUGCUGCCUGAGGUGUGGCGAUGAGGGCGGGGUUGAAGCCCGGGGGGCCGAGCAGCACUCCGCUCCCGGCUCACGGGGGACAGAGAGCAAGACGGGGGAGGGCGAGGCCGGGGAGGGCGCGGCCGGGCCUCGCAAGCUGCACUCCUGCAAGCUCUGCAGCUUCUCCUCGCGCUACUCCAACCACCUGAAGAGGCACAUGAAGACGCACAACGGCGAGAAGCCGUACCGCUGCCAGCACUGCGCCUACGCCUCCGCCCAGCUCGUCAACCUGCAGCGCCACGUGCGCACGCACACCGGGGAGAAGCCCUACAAGUGCCAGCACUGCGCCUUCGCCUGCAACUCCCUGGGCAACCUGAAGAGGCACCAGCGCAUGCACACGCAGGACAAGCCCAACAAGUGCAGCCAGUGCAACUACCGGGCCAGCAACAGCCUCAACCUGAAGAGACACCUUAUGGGCCACCAGACCGAGGAGUCCAGCACAGCAGCUGAAGACGCAGUGGUUUCGGACCUGACGCUGCAGGUAAGCAGCGACGUGGACUUCCUCCAGAGCUAUGGGAGCCUGAAGGUGGAUCGGCCACCGCCCAGGCUGCUGGAGGGGGAGGGGCUGGGGGCGGAGUCCGACUCCCUGCCCGAGCUGCUCUUCCCCUUCACCUGCCGGCUGUGCGGUUUGGUCCUGGACGACGAGGACGGGACGUCGGCGCAGAUCUGUGGCAAGUGCACCCUGGAGAUGCUGUCCAAGGAGUCGCCCGACAGCCCGGGCGAGAAGGGCGACAGGGCGUACUCCUGCGCCAUGUGCCCCUUCAUCACGCAGUACCCCAACCACCUCGCCCGCCACAUGAAGACGCACAGCGGCGAGAAGCCCUACAAGUGCCCGCAGUGUGACUACGCGUCCGCCCACUUCGACAACCUGAAGCGGCACCACCGGGUGCACACGGGCGAGAAGCCCUACAAAUGCCACCUGUGCGACUACGCCUGCGGCAACCUGGCCAACCUCAAGCGGCACGAGCGCAUCCACUCGGGUGCUAAGCCCUUCAAGUGCGGCGUCUGCAACUACAGCUGCAACCAGAGCAUGAACCUCAAGCGUCACAUGCUGCGGCACACGGGCGAGAAGCCCUUCAAGUGCCAGGAGUGCCCCUACACCACGGGCCACUGGGACAACUACAAGCGGCACCAGAAGAAGCACGGCCACUCCACCGACGGCUGGAUCAAGGUACAGCUGCCUGGGAAUGAGGAGGAGGAAGAGGAAAUGUAGCCAGUCGGGAGAGAGGGAGAGGGGAGCGAAUGCAAUCAAACCUCUUUAAAAUGAACUCCCUUCUUGGGGAAC